UCAAUAUAUCCGUGUCCAAGUUAUUUCAAAUAUCAUACAAAUUGUGUUUUGCAGCCAUUAUAGCGAAAUUUACUGCAAAGUUUUCUUUUUGCAACGUAAAAAAUAACACAAAAUAUACUAAGUUCAGCUUAGUAUAGUUUGAAUGUUAAGAAGUUAUUUAACUGCCAACAAGGGGCAGACAACUUUAGCCUACACGUAUUCCCAUGACGCAGAGCUGUUCACCGUACAAUUGAGGUUCCUGAAGAUGUCUUGUAUGAAGAGUUACCGUAAUGCUGAUCCUUUGGUGCAAUAUUGUGUAAAUCAUUCAUUGAGAUUAACCGACGUGCAAAAACGACUGAAUGAUGUAACUCUACAGCACCGCAGAUCCUCGAUGUUGGGGGCUCCUGAAGUUCUGCAGCUCAAUGCCAACAUAAUGCAGGCUAUCGGGGCAAAGAAAGUACUAGACAUUGGGGUGUUCACAGGCGCCAGUUCACUCUCUGCUGCUCUGGCACUGCCUCCUGAUGGGAAGGUUCACGCCCUGGACAUAAGUGAAGAGUUUACCAACAUAGGCAAACCGUUCUGGGAGGAAGCUGGAGUUAUCAACAAGAUAAGUCUGCACAUCGCUCCAGCUGCUGAGACUCUCCAGAAGUUCAUUGACGCAGGAGAAGCAGGCACCUUCGAUUAUGCUUUCAUUGACGCCGACAAGGAGAGUUAUGAUCGAUACUAUGAACUUUGCCUCAUUCUCUUGCGCUCGGGUGGAGUCAUCGCCUUCGACAACACACUCUGGGAUGGAACUGUGAUCGACCCCAAUGAUCAAACCCCUGACACGCUGGCUAUAAGGAAAAUUAACGAAAAACUGAAAGAUGAUCAGAGAAUUAACAUCUCAUUCCUGAAGAUUGGUGAUGGUUUGUCUCUUUGUUUUAAAAAAUAAAUUGUAUUUUUCACCAGAUAGACACACGUCUGGUGUGUUGUUUCAGGAGAAUGCUGAUGCGUUGACAAUGAUUAGACAAUUUGACCACCAAGACUUCAUAAAAAAGACAGUCAAUAAUG